GAGGUGGUUCUCGCCCGUGUUGUGUGUGAGUGUGUGAGUGUGUGAGUGAGUGAGAGAGCGAGUGAGUGAGUGAGUGAGUGAGUGUGUGGGGGGACUUGCUUGUUGUCGGUGACUUCCCCCUCCCCUCCACCCUUACCCCUUCCCUGGCGCUGCUGCAGUGGCCGCUCCCUGGGCCGUAGGAAAUGAGCGAUAACGAUGACAUCGAGGUGGAGAGCGACGCUGACAAACGGGCUCAUCAUAAUGCACUGGAACGAAAGCGUAGGGACCACAUCAAAGACAGCUUUCACAGUUUGCGGGACUCGGUCCCAUCACUCCAAGGAGAGAAGGCAUCCCGGGCCCAAAUCCUAGACAAAGCCACAGAGUAUAUCCAGUAUAUGCGAAGGAAAAACCACACACACCAGCAAGAUAUUGAUGACCUCAAGCGGCAGAAUGCCCUUCUGGAGCAGCAAGUCCGUGCACUGGAGAAAGCGAGGUCGAGUGCCCAACUGCAGACCAACUACCCUUCCUCAGAAAACAGCCUCUACACCAACGCCAAGGGCAGCGCCAUCUCUGCCUUCGAUGGGGGCUCGGACUCCAGCUCAGAGUCGGAGCCUGAAGAGCCCCAAAGCAGGAAGAAACUCCGGAUGGAGGCCAGCUAAGCUCUGCCGGGCAGGCCAGCAAUAAAAACUGUCUGUCUCCUCCGUCGUCUCAUCCUCCUUUCAGUUCAUCCUUAGAACCCUCAGAACCAUUUAAGAGACUCUAUUUUUUUUCCUUUCUCUUUUUUUUUAAAUUUUAUUUUUACGUAGAAGCUCUUGGACAACAGCUCUCGUUCUCCUUCCCCACUUCCACUAUUUUUUUUUAAUGUUUCCCUUCAGGGAUUCCCUGUCCCCACCAGGAAUUUUUAAACCAAAACACCCCAACUUGGCAGCUUUUUCUGUGGAGGACAGACGGCCGGCCGGACCUCUGAGCACAUGGUGUCCUGACCACCCACCAGCUCCUCCAGCCCUGCCGGGCACAGGCCCGGAGGACUCCUACCCCUCCCAGGCCUCCCCAGGCCACCCUUGCCUCUGUUUGAUAGACUUUGUGAAUCUGUGGACUGCUCUACUUUAAGAAGAUGACUGGUUUAAGAAGUGAUGAGAAUUAAAAAGCUAUUUAUCGCUCCUGUUGAAAGACCAGAUCCUUGAAGAAGUUUGUGGUGUGAAAGGAAGUGGGGACAGAGUUGCAGCACAGUCUUGGGCCUGUUUCACUCCUGCUUCUUUCAGCCAGCCUUCGGGAGGGCCUCGGGACACUCGUGUGGUGUGGGGGGCGUCAGCAGUGAAGUGGCCGCCAGAGGGUGCUGGGGGUGGGAGGGCAAGGAGGGAAGAGCGGGUGGGGUAGAGGUUUUGUAUUGAGGGCCAGUGAUGAUGUUUUGAUAUUUAUUUCCUGCUACUGAAAUUUGAAUCUGAGUGAAUUGUCCCUAUUCCUGAUGAUGUCGGUAUUGCAAAGCGACAGAUUCAUAAAGUAAUGAUCAAAUCUUC